AUGGCAGACUUCAAGGCUUACCUCGACGAGCUCGAACAAGACUUCAUAGUCGAUACAGCAAAGCUCAAACAUAUCACUAACCACUUUGUCCAAGAAUUGGAAAAAGGAUUGAGUAUAACCGGAGGAAACAUUCCAAUGAAUCCGACAUGGGUAAUGAACUACCCAACUGGCAACGAGACAGGGAAAUAUCUGGUCCUAGAUAUGGGAGGAACAAACCUCCGAGUCUACUCCAUCCAACUCACCAGUGAAAAGAGUGGAUUCGAAGUCAAGCAAGAAUCAUCCAAGCUCCCAGAAGAGCUCAAAACUGCAACCGCUGAUGAGCUCUGGGACUUUGUUGCAGGAUUUCUCGAAUCUUUUCUGCAGUCAGCAGACUUUGACCUGAGCACCGAGAUCGAUCUCAGCUUCAUAUUUUCGUUCCCAACCACACAGAGGACGAUAGAUGAAGGAAUCUUGCAGAGGUGGACAAAGGGAUUCAACAUCUCAGACACCGAAGGGGUAGAUGCUGCCGGAUCAUUGAGACGAGCCAUUAAGAAAAAGGCAAGUUACUGCAAGGACCUGGCAAAGCGACACGAAUAUUAA